CUCAAGAGCAAUUCUUACAACUUCUCUUCCUCUCAAAAGAACAACCAUUUGUGCUCAAAGUCGUCGGGAAAAGAAUGAAGCCCAGCAACGCAAUCCUCUUUCUUCUUCCCCUCGUGGCAACUGCAUCACCACUGAGCAGCCCAAACCCCGACGCGGAAGCUGUUGCUGAACUUCUUCCCAGAGCCGACGCCACCUGCUAUCUCCACUCUGAAGCACUUCCUUCUCAGGGUUGUGACACGACACCCUUCAGUGGCUCACGGAAGAGGACGGUCACGGGUGGCGACCGCUUUGGCGUACGCUGCACCGCUCGCGGCAAGCCUUUUGGAUCUCAAGGCUAUACGAAGUGGGAUUGGGUUCCUGGGUGGGGAUGCUGGAUUUGGGCUGGAUGGACGCAGAUCGGUUGUGAGAACGGUCUUCCUUACUAUGACGAUUACAGGAGGUGUUUGUAGGAGGCUUGAAGUGAGGAAGCUUUGUGGAGUGCAAUGAUGUAGAAAAAUGGUCGCUCUUGGUGUGACAGUGUUGUCGCCUUUGUAGUGGAUGGAGCGGAGGUUUCAAAUUUGGGUUUCCGCCAGUUCACCAGCAUAUAAAAAUGGCCUUGGUGUAUCAUCAACACAAGUAUCGUUUACACACUGCUUCAAUCGUCAGUCUCUUGUAAUAACAAUUGGUUGCUUUUCUGUCAAGACACUGUCAUGUUCUCUAUAUUCAAUGCAGUAUCAGUGCAUCCGUAU